AUGGAUACCUCGACGUCCUCCUCAUCCUCCUUAAAACGUUGGAAGUACGACGUGUACUUGAGCUUUCGAGGUCAAGACACAUGCAAGAACUUCACGAGCCACCUCUACCAGGCUUUGACGAGGGCCGGACUAAGAACCUUUAUAGACGAUCACGCCCUAGAAAAAGGGAAAAGUCCGGGCAUCUCACUGACUCGAGCAAUCGAAGAGUCUAAAACCUCUAUCAUCAUCUUCUCAAAGAGCUAUGCGGAAUCAAGAUUGUGUCUUGACGAGCUUGCGGAGAUCAUGGAGUGCAGAAGAACACUGGGUCAAAUUGUUGUUCCAGUGUUCUAUGAUGUCGAUCCUUCAGAUGUCAGGAAACAGACCGGUACUUUUGCAACAGCUUUUCUGAAGCACGAAAUGCAGUUCGAUGAGGUCAAAGAAAAGCUACAGCUAUGGAGAGACGCUCUGACUGAAGCUGCAAAUUUAUCUGGUUUUGAUGUUGGAAACGCCGAUUGGGAUGACGCAAAGUCUAUCACGGAAAUUGUCGCAAAUAUCAUCAAAGUCUUGCGCCAGAGCACUGCAGUUGGAAUACAUUCUCGGGUGCAAGAAAUCAGUAAUUAUUUAGAUGUUGGAGGAUCAGAUGAUGUUCGCAUAAUUGGAAUUUGGGGUAUGGGCGGACUGGGUAAAACGAUGAUUGCCAAAGCCAUUUUCAACAAAUAUCAGGAUACGUUCGAAGGUAAAAGUUUUCUUGCUAAUGUGAGAGAAGAGAAACUGGUUGAUUUGCAAAACACACUUCUUUCCGAUGUAGUGAGAUCGGGAAUCAUAAAGGUUUGUAGAGUUGAUGAAGGGACCGAGGAUAUAAAAAGAAGACUUAGCAACCUAAGGGUACUUGUCAUAGUUGAUGAUGUAGACAGCGUGAAACAGUUAGAAGCAUUAGCUAUAAAAUUUUACUCAUUUGGUCCAGGUAGUAGAAUUAUUAUAACCACAAGAGACCAACAUUUGCUAAAGAUACUAAAAGCGAAUAGGAUAUAUCAUCUACCAGCAAUGAAUAAAGAAGAAGCUCUUGAGCUCCUUUGUUGGCAUGCCAACAAUUAUCCUAGUAAAGAAUUUCUUCAAGUCCCAAGGGGUGUUGUUGAUUACUGUGGAGGUUUGCCACUAGCACUUGAAGUUUUAGGUUCUUAUCUAUCUGGGACAAGCAUAAGUGAAUGGAAAGGUAAGUUGGAGAAAUUUAAAAGUCAUCAUAGUAUGGAAAUUCUCAAUAGACUUAAAAUAAACUUUGACGAGCUAGCUGAUGAUGACCUGAAGGCUAUAUUCCUUGAUGUAUCAUGUUUCUUUGCUGGAAUGAACAAGGACUAUGUCAUGAAAAUAUUGGAUGGCUGUGACUUAUAUCCAGAAAUCGGAAUCAGUGUCCUCCAAGAACGAUGCCUUGUAACUACUAAUGAUGAUUUCACGCUGGUGAUGCAUGAUUUGCUUCGCGACAUGGGAAGAUAUAUUGUGCAUGCGGAAUCCCUUGAUGACCCUGGAAAACGCAGUAGGUUAUGGCAUCACGACGAUGUGAUAGACGUUUUGAGGAACGAAUUUGGAACUGAAGCAAUUCAAGGACUCACUUUAGAUUUGCAAGAGUCUGACGAGACUAGCUUCAGUACAGAAGCAUUUAGAAACAUGCAUAGUCUGAGAUUGCUCAAACUCAAUUACGUCAAGCUCACUGGCAGUUACAACAAUCUGCCCAAUGAGUUAAGAUGGUUGUGUUGGCAUGGAUUCCCCCUUGAGGUCAUACCCGAAGAUUUUGAUCACCCAAACAUAGUUGUUAUUGACCUCAGCUAUAGCAAACUCACACGAGUUUGGGAGGAUUCCGAUCUGUUGCUUGAGAAGUUGAAGUUUCUUAAUUUAAGUCAUUCCCAUAACCUAACACGAUCACUGGACUUUUCAAAAACCCCAAAUCUUGAGAGAUUGAUACUCAAAGAUUGCAAAAACCUUCAGGCAAUUCCAGCUUUACCUACAAAUUUGGAAAUCCUGGAAGCGGAUGAGUGCAUUGCAUUGGAGAAAAUGCCCGAUUUUUCAGAAAUGUCAAGGAUGAGAGAAUUGCAUCUGAAUCACUCCCCCAAACUCUCUGAAAUUCUAGGCUUGGAUAAGGCGUUAAACUCCAUGACAAGUAUUCAUAUGGAAGGGUGCACCAAUCUCACUGCUUCUUUUAAAGAAGUGAUCCUACAGGUCCUCUCUCUCUCUCUCGCACACAUUCAUGCUUGUAAUCCUUUUUUGUUCCUAUCUUGUUCCAUGGUAUAGGGAUGGAAUGCGAGA